AUGGCGGAACGACAAGAAGAAAGGAACAUUCAGCGAAUAGUAGCAGCUGUAAUAAGCAAUUUACAUAGUGUCCCCAGCUUAUCGGAGGCCAGUUCGAGUAGUGAGAAUUCUUCCAACCGGUUUGGAUUAAGAGAAGAAGAAAUACGAAAUGCAUUUUUUAUACCAAGAGAUGCGGCAAGUCCGGCGACUGUUGCAAAUGGCGUUGACGGCAAUGAGGCUUCUUCGUCAAGCCAAAAUACAUCUGUUGCAGGUAGCGGUAGCUUUCAAUGUGCUUCAUUUCCUUCAACUUCUCGUCCAAUACCCUUGUCGACAAUUAUUCGCCUUUGCGGAAUUACAGUCAAGGAAAAGGCAAAAUAAGGAAGGGGGAGCAAGCAGCUCGUUUGACUUCAACAGACCGGUUUGAAAAAGGUGCUGGUUCGUAUGGGCAAGGAAAACAGUGCGAGCCGACAUUCAAAGAUGUUUGUCUAUUGCCUUCGCCAAGUUGGGGAACUGUACCCGGACUUAAGGCGAAAGCCAAUCUUAUUGAGAAAGGCUUAUAUAUUGAUGUCUGGUCUUUUCACAAGACAUACCAGGAAACUCAGCUCAGGGCGGCGAUAAGCUCUCUAUUUCACGAGUGUCUUGUCGACAACCAUGGAAAUGAAGUUGGGUAAGUGAAUAGAUACAGGGAGGAGGUCAGAUAAAUCAUGCAAGGAAAAAUGGGAGGCCAACAAAAUUUGUGCAACUAGUAUUUACUCCAUUUGUAAUUAUAAAUUUUUUAAAUGGAUUACGAGUUACACGAAUUACUGUACGAGGCAUUAGUAAAUAUCGUAUGUAAAUUUUGGAGGGGGGGAGGCCACAUAAAAUUCAUUUGAACAUUUCGGUUUUCAUUCCCCCCCCCCCGCUCCCCUUGGCCCACUGACCAAUCCAAUGUCAAACCAAAUAAUAUAUGAUAUAAAUCAGAGCUGGAUUAUGAUAACAUAGCUGGCUAAUAAUAGUGCAACAAGUGCUGAAUAAUAUAACCCCCCCCCGGGCAUUUGUCGGGUUUUUGUCAUUUUGGCGAAAAAACUUUGCAAAUGCCCCACUAUGGGGUCCAAAUAAUGCAACAAAAUCCCCACCCUUGGGGACUUACAUUUUCUGAGGAUUUCUGAUCCAAAAAUCGAAUGCAAGCCCUAUCACGUAUCAAUAUAUCUGUAUUUAAAAUCGAUUCUGUAACCAUUUCCUUUCAAAACGUUUUUAGUUAAAAUAUUGAAGUCUCAAAACUUUAUAUAGCAAUAUCAAAUUGUGGAAGUAAGUCAAUGUAUCAACAGGAUUGACAAGAAAAAAGUCUUUGUGUGUCAUUCAACUAUAAUUCAAUGUUGUGUGUAUGUUCGCCAUGAUUAAUUUGCAAUACGCACGCACGUGUAAACAUGCGGUGUAAACAUGCGUACUAAAGUACGGAUAAAUGGCGAAACAAGCGAUAAAUAUUCGACUUUUUAGCCUCAAACAAAUUCCCCACCCCGGGGCUAACCUGCAGAAAGCAAAUGCCCGACCCUGAGAACAAGUACAGUUGAGAAUGCCCAACAAACUCCUGGAGGGGGGGGGGGGAGGGUUGGGCAACUAUGGAAUUGAUCGAGACAUUAAUGCUGUUGAAUAAUAUAUAUAAUUAAUGCUGUUGAAUAAUAAGAGAAAUGAUAAUAAGAAAAUGCUGACUAAUUUUAUAAUUAUGUAAUUGUGGCAGAUAUGGCACCCCAUAGUGACCAGCCAGAGCUGAAAAACUGGAGUUGCACAGCCAAUAUAUUCGGAUAUAAGUGCAUGUGCCUUCAGGGUAAUAGGACAGACUGAUAUGUCUGAUGUACAAGUACAUUUAUAUUUCAUAAUUUGGGGUAGGAACUUUUCGAACUCGUACAAAGCUUAGAAAAUCAGAAACACUAAUAAUUCAAUUAUUUAAAUUAAUUUGUAUGUAUUUUUCAGCUUUGAGUGUUGGAACUGAUGCUCUUUCAAUCACACUUCAGGAGGGAUAAGAAAUCUCUGGUUGUGUAAUAAAACACAUAACUGGAAAUGGCCCUAUAUAUAUUAGAGCACUUAAAGUCCUGGCCUGCUUACAUGAAAAGGUACAAUAAUGUAAUGUAAAACAGCAUUAAUUAGGCUACAUUACGGUUUAGUUUUUGAGAGGGUGUUCCAGAAUUUACAUUUUCAGGCGUACUAGAUGGGUUUACAUUCCCCUUAGCAGCUGAGAAUUAUAGGAUGAGAUAUUCAACUAAGCAGUCACAUAUCACUUGUAAGAUAAAACAUUUAUUGCAAUUACACAAUAACGUAGAGUUUCAAAGAGUUUCAAAGGUACCAUUACAAUAUUUAUUAAAGCAGUAAAAAUACCUUGCCAAAAUCUAUUGUAUCUGUGUUUAGAAAGACUGUAUGCUUUGACAAAAUACUUGACAUAUUGAUAUGGUGAUAUGUAGGUAUAAUGUAUAGUAAGUAAAAUGUCUUGAUCACACUGUACAUUGCACCACCUCUCUCACUAUCAGAGGCGUAGCGAAGGGGGGAGGGAGGUGCAUGGGGGGGAUUGAGCCCCCCAAUCAACAGAAGGACUGCCCUUGUGAAAAGUGAAAAUCCGGGCAGGAAGGGGGAGGGGGUACAGAGCCCAUACGAUGUGUGAUUGUGUGGUAUUCCCAAUCUAGAAUCCCAACUCCUAAGUAAAAAAUGCCUAUGGUGGUUGAAUUUGCACACAUAGCACUGAUAGCAGCUAUCAUGAGCGACUUCGAAUAUGGCGGCCAAGUCGGCCUUAGUUAGGCAAAUCAUAAAUAAUUCUUAAUAUAUUUUGACAUGUACUAUACCCUACUUUCUUUUGGUUUGGAAACAACAAAACGUUGCCAUUUAUGGCUUUUAAGAUAUUUUUAAAAGACGCCUCAGAAUGCGAGAAAUGCAGUCUCAGAGGCUUGCAUCUUCGACGGUUGCUUGUGUCUACAGCAUCAUUAUUUAAUUGGGAUAAAGACUGAUAUUGGCAAAGAUGAUGACGUUGAUGAGGAAUUAUUACAGACAUCAAUAACCAGCUUUGUAUGACAUCGGUCACAGUGUGCCUCGGAUUCAGAAGGAAGUGAAACAGAGCAGGUAUUUGAAGUUAUUUGAACAUCUUAAUACAUGUUAUUAUAAGACAGUACCUUACCACUGACUAAACCUUCUCACGGUUUCAACACAUACAACACACACAAGCAUAACUUACAAAAAGAUCGAGAAUAAAAACAAAUUUUGUAUUUGUUACAAAAUAUUUGCUACAACGUACCAAGUGUAAAUACCCAAGCAAAAUUAUUAUUACUGCUCCGGAACAGCGCAAUGAGCGCAUUGCGUUGUUGCCUCAAAGAGAAUACUAAUGUGCAGUGGGGUUGGUUAGUAAAUUGGGGUUAGUACAUAUAAGACAAAUUUCAGUGUUUUUUUUUAAAUAAAAGCUUGUAAAGGUAGGAAAACCUUUAUUGUUAUUGCAGCAGUUAUGACAUAAGUGUUUUGGGUGAAAACCUUAAGAUUAACUAACUGCACUUUUACUACAGAUCCACUUCGCUGAAUGAAUAGGAUUAGUUUUGUCAGCAAUCAGUGGUACAGUACUGUCAUUGUAGGCGACGGUUCCCCAUGCUUUUGUCACAUGUACACAGUCAUUAAUUCUUGGCAACUUUUGGUGUGAUAUGACAUGUACAGUUUGCAGUAUUUCAUUAAUUCUAAUUUUAAAUUGUUUAGCCACUAAAUUGAAAGAGAAUCAGAUAUGAAUCUGAAACAAAGAGUAGGCUUCGUAUAAUUUUUCCAGACAUCAGCGAAAAUGCUAUUGAGUUGGCAGCUACUAGAAGUAAAAGCCUUGAUGAAGCAGUUGAUGCCAUGCUUGCAGGAAAUUCAGACACGGAUGAAGGUACUGUAGUUUUUUGUGUUUCAAUUAAUUCGUUACCUGGCAGUACUUUUCCACUGACAAGUAAAUUUGUCUGGCAUUACUGUACAGUCUUUUUGUACUGUACUGUACUGUACUUUACUGUAGUUAAUGUUGUUAAAGCAUGUGGCUAGCUUUUAUGUGUACAGCAAACCUUAAGGAAUGGUAGUCCAUGUAAUGCUGUGAGUGUCACCUUUGUACCUAGGGGGAGGGGUCAUAGGACAUGCCCAGAAAAUGUUGAUAUUUAGAGUGAUUUUAGACCCUCUGAAAUGCCACUUUUUAGACAUAUUUCAGGAAUGUGAUUUUGAAGAAAUUGAGAGUACACUCUUCAAUACCCCCCCCCCCCACGCAUAUUUCUAUGUGUACUAUAAUGUUUUUAUAUUUUCUGAAAGAACUUAAAGAACAUUAUUUUGAAAAUUAUUAUUUGUGGUUCAUUGAUUUUAAUUUAAUUAUUUAUUUUAGUUGUAAUUGAGACAAGUAGUGAUGUGUAUGAGAACCAGAGUGACGAUGAGGACAGUAUAGAUGAAGAUAGCCCACUCUUAGAUACAGACACCUGGAGGAAAAUGAGUGUUGUACAGAAAAUGAACAGAUUAAAAUCUGUUAAUGUCACAAAUCAGCUAUGUAAGUUGACUGUCGAUCAAGAUGAUAUCCUAAGUGAUGCUGUGGCAUUCUAUAAAAACCCAUCAUUUGACCCCGAAAGGCCUCUUCGUGUUUCAUUUCGUGGUCAACCAGCCAUUGACACAGGAGGAGUUCUACGUGUGUUUUUUCCUCUCUGAAAGAAAAGUUCUGUGCUGCAGAACUAUUUAGUAUUUUUGAAGGUCCGCAUAGCAGAUUGUUGUUCAGGUAUGAUCAAUCUUGUCUGGCAGCUGGAAUUCCAGAGAUUUUAGGAAAAUUGGUGGCACAAUUAAAGUCUCGUACAUGGUUGCGGUGGAUUCCCAUAUUUGACGCCUUCGUAUUACUAUUACAUAGCAACUACGGACGUACAGAGAGCAUCAGCUUAUGCUUCCAUAUACGAUGUGUACGACACAGAAAAACGUGACAAGGUACAGUACAGCAUGUUGUCUAUUAGAUUUAUAAAUUACUGCGAUAACACGUUGGAAGUUGACAAAAUUGUUUGGAAGUUGACAGUCUGUGUAGUCAAUAGUCAUGUACAUUACCGGUGCUUGUGUGCUAAUAACGGGUGGCAUAUGGAAUUUGUUAGCACUCGCCUGUGUUUCAAUAUAAUUCUCAAUACAGCCCCUUCGACAUGCACGGUUCACGCAAUGUAAUUCAAUGUUCUAUUCGGCCUUACCUCCGUUUACGACGCGGGCGGGUGGUUAGGACUAUAGGACAUAAUUACAAUUACUAUUGUGGCUUUGCCCACAUUUUUGUGGUCCUUCUUGUCUCUUUUCAUGCUAAUUGUAUCAAAAUGUUAUGAAAUUUUACAUAAAUUGCAUUCAUAUUAUUUAUAAAUCGACAUGAAUGACAGAUUACAAAGGAUUUUACAUAUCAAAAUGAUCUAUUAAUAUUUCCAGUUUUUUUUACCUCGUAGUAUCGAUAAGGCAGCGGUUUUUACCAUUCAAUACUACAUUUUGCUAGGUCUUUUUAGUGUAAAUUGAAUAUUUAUCGUUCUAUAAGUUAAAUCCUUCGCGGAAAUUUUCAACAACUAGAAAUUAAUUGUAAGUAACAAAAUAGUCCUGAAAUAAUACUUUACGGAGAAAGGACGCGGGCGGCGGACCAGAAACUAAAGAUUAACUUGUAGUGGCCUAACAAUAUGACAAUGUAUAAUCUGAACUCAGUGGUCCAAAUAAUAGUUGGAAGGUUGGUUAUUGUUUUCAGGGCCACUGAUGGGUGGUGGGGAAUUGGAAGGCAAAUUACCAACGCUUAAAAUUAGGCAGAGACUGUCAAAAUGUGGGGGUUGAUACAGUACCUUCUAUCUGCAACUGCAUAGCAUCACCCUAAACACAGACUACAUGCAGUACUCAGUAAUUGUUAUAUAGUUUGUUAUAUAUAUAGUUGAUAUCAGCUAAGGAAAAUGAUGAACUCCAAGAAUUGAAUUCAUCUGAACCAUUCCUAAAUGUUCUCCAAGAUAGUGGAUUGGUAACCUUACCGAAUGUAUGUACAGUUCUACCCCAUACUGCGAAAUGCCUACUGCAGCAUAUGCACUCUGAAAAAUCAAUUUUGUUUAGGGAGUGGUCAUCAUUUAUGGGGGGGGGGGAGGUAAAUUUUCCAACCCCCCUUUGAUGGAAAUAAAUAGUACAUACAAUGACUGCUCCCUUAAUUGUGACCGCUCCCUUAAUUGCAUUUUAUCCUCGCUUGUGAUAUGCCUUACUGUGUCACUGAACUUUCAAGCCUAACAGUCUGUAAUAUUUUGAAAUUACAAAUUAAACAUUUGCUUUCUCACCUCUAGGUUGACAACAGCAUUGCCAUUGCUGAAGCCAUGGUGUCCUAUCAUGUGCUUGUGAAGAGAGCUGUCAUGCUAGACAAUUUUGCAAAGGGUCUCCAGACGCUAGGAAUCCUUGAAGAAAUUAGGAAAAACCCUAGCCAGUUUGAGGAAGUUUUCCUACACAAUGAGAAUGCUGUGAGCGCAUCUGCUGUGUUGCAAAGUAUUGUCUUCAAGCCGGAAGAUGCCACAAUGUACGCAAUGCUAGCAAGUUUUAUAAACGAUGCUAGUGAACAGGGUAUGUAACUGCAGUUUGCAUUACGUAUGACUUAGGUGAUAAUGAGGCAAGGUGCGCCCUACUAUGUUCCCUAAAAAUAUUUCCAGGGUGCCUAAUAUGCUACUAAAUGUUUCUAAUAUUAACUAAGACGUUGGUACUUUAAUCAUACUUUCAAACACCAUUAAUAAUUCAUAAGCUUAUUGGCAAAUCAUGUCAACUAUAAUAUGUCACGUGCAGUGGCUUUAAACCUGAUAAAAUACUCCUAAUUAGUAUUCUUUAUAUAAAGACUACUAAUAAGGCAGUAUCUAUUGUAGUUGUGUCCUCAUUAGUAUUCUUUACAUAAAGAAUACUAAUAAGGCAGUAUAUCUAUUGAAUUUGUAGUCGUUUAAUAAACUCGCAGGUCGUGUUUUAUUAGGUAUAAAGCCACGAGCGCGCAUUGAACCUAAUAAAACACUCCUGCUCGUUUAUUAAACAGUACGUAGUUGAUUUAAUACUAACUAUGAGUUAAUGGACCAAUCCCCUAUUAAAUAGCCUGUGUACAGCUGUUACUGAAUUAAUGAAUUUUCCUAGUCCCAGUUCAAAAUGUAGUUUAAUAGGGGAUUGGUCCCAUUAAUGCAAGUUUUUACAGUUCCGAAGAGGCAGACGCAUUUUAAUAUAAUUUUAUAUAUUUUUAGAAUUGGAAAGCUUGUUAAAAUUCAUUACUGGCAUCAGCUCAGUGCCAUUUGUACGUGUUGCUUUGGAGGUCAAUUCGACAUCGACAUCGAUAUUUGCCUCUACAUGCUUAAUGAAGCUAUGUCUGCCUGCGAUGCUAGGGACUCUUGACCAAGAGUCGUUUAACUCGAGCAUGUCUGCAGCAAUUCGGCAAGAAGGAAAAGAAUUCACUUCGUGCUGA